GCACGGAGGGCGGGGCGGGCCUGGGCGCGGGGAGGGGUGGGGGGUGUGAAAGGUCCCGGAUGUUGCCGAACCCGAGCCCCUUCGAGAGGGAGUGACUGGCGCAGGCGCAGAAGGGCCGCACGAAAGCUAAGCGUUUGACGUCAUCGUGCGUGUGGUGCCCCUGCUGUCGGGGCUGGUGAUUGGAGGAAACCCCGUGUCUGCGGAGCCGCUGUAGCCUGUGAGCAGCCAGAUCCGCGGACAGAGUCUCAGCCUCGCCGCUGCCGCCCAGAGACUGCUGAGCGCCCGUCCGUCCGCCGCCACCCACUCCGGACACAGAGCAUCCAGUCAUGGAUAAAAAUGAGCUGGUGCAGAAGGCCAAACUGGCCGAGCAGGCUGAGCGAUAUGAUGACAUGGCAGCCUGCAUGAAGUCCGUAACUGAGCAAGGAGCUGAAUUAUCCAAUGAGGAGAGGAAUCUUCUCUCAGUUGCUUAUAAAAAUGUUGUAGGAGCCCGUAGGUCAUCUUGGAGGGUCGUCUCAAGUAUUGAGCAAAAGACGGAAGGUGCUGAGAAAAAACAGCAGAUGGCUCGAGAAUACAGAGAGAAAAUUGAGACCGAGCUAAGAGAUAUCUGCAAUGAUGUACUGUCUCUUUUGGAAAAGUUUUUGAUCCCCAAUGCUUCACAAGCAGAGAGCAAAGUCUUCUAUUUGAAAAUGAAGGGAGACUACUACCGUUACUUGGCCGAAGUUGCUGCUGGUGAUGACAAGAAAGGGAUUGUGGAUCAGUCACAACAAGCAUACCAAGAAGCUUUUGAAAUCAGCAAAAAGGAAAUGCAACCAACACAUCCUAUCAGAUUGGGUCUGGCCCUUAACUUCUCUGUGUUCUAUUACGAAAUUCUCAACUCCCCGGAGAAAGCCUGCUCUCUUGCAAAGACAGCUUUUGAUGAAGCCAUUGCUGAACUUGAUACAUUAAGUGAAGAGUCAUACAAAGACAGCACGCUAAUAAUGCAAUUACUGAGAGACAACUUGACAUUGUGGACAUCGGAUACCCAAGGAGAUGAAGCUGAAGCAGGAGAAGGAGGGGAAAAUUAACCGGCCUUCCAACUUUUGUCUGCCUCAUUCUAAAAUUUACACAGUAGACCAUUUGUCAUUCAUGCUGUCCCACAAAUAGUUUUUUUUGUUUACGAUUUAUGACAGGUUUAUGUUACUUCUAUUUGAAUUUCUAUAUUUCCCAUGUGGUUUUUAUGUUGAAUAUUAGGGGAGUAGAGCCAGUUAACAUUUAGGGAGUUAUCUGUUUUCAUCUUGAGGUGGCCAAUAUGGGGAUGUGGAAUUUUUAUACUAGUUAUAAAUGUUUGGCAUAGUACUUUUGGUACAUUGUGGCUUCACAAGGGCCAGUGUUAAAACUGCUUCCAUGUCUAAGCAAAGAAAACUGCCUACAUAUUGGUUUGUCCUGGUGGGGAGUAAAAGGGAUAAUUGGUUCCAGAUAACAGGUGUAGUUAUUGUGGAUACUUUAAGGUUUAGAGCACUUACAAGGCUGUAGUAGAAAUGGGUAUCCCAUAGAUACUACAUGUGAACCACAAGUAUCUGUGGAAUACUCAUUCUCAAUGUGCACACCUUUGACUACAGUUUCAGAAGUGUUCCUUUAGUUGUGACCCAAUUUACUCUGGAUAAGGGCAGAAACGGUUCACAUUCCAUUAUUUGUAAAGUUACCUGCUGUUUGCUUUCAUUAUUUUUGCUACACUCCUUUUAUUUGUAUUUAAAUGUUUUAGACUAACCUAAGAACAAAUGUACAAGUAAAGAUGCAGUAAAAAUGAAUUGCUUGAUAUCCAUUACUUUAUGUAUAUCAAGCAUAGCAGCAAAACAAAAAUCCCAUGUAUUUAACUUUUUUUUUUUUUUAGGGUUUUUUUUUGUUUGUUUUGUUUUGGUUUUUUGCUUUUGUGAUUUUUUUUUUUUUUGAUACUUGCCUAACAUGCAUGUGCUGUAAAAAUAGUUAACAGGGAAAUAACUUGAGAUGAUGGCUAGCUUUGUUUAAUGUCUUAUGAAAUUUUCAUGAACAAUCCAAGCAUAAUUGUUAAGAACACGUGUAUUAAGUUCAUGUAAGUGGAAUAAAAGUUUUAUGAAUGGACUUUUCAACUACUUUCUCUACAGCUUUUCAUGUAAAUUAGUUUCUUGGUUCUGAAACUUCUUUAAAGGAAAUUGUACAUUUUUGGAAAUUUAUUCCUUAUUCCCUCUUGGCAGCUAAUGGGCUUUUACCAAGUUUAAAUACAAAGUUUAUCAUAACAAAAUACUACUAAUAUAACUACUACUGUUCCCAACCAUGUCCCAUAUUCCUCCCCUACCCUGGGGGGGGGGGGGGGGAGCUUUUUUUCAGAGACAGGGGAUUGAUUGGAAAAAAGUAAUGCGUUCCAUUUAAAAUUUUGGUAUAUGGUAUUUUCUAACUUAGGAAGCCACAAUGUUCUUGGCCCAUCAUGACAUUGGGUAGCAUUAACUAAGUUUUGUGCUUCCAAAUCACUUUGGUUUUAAGAAUUUCUUGAUAUUGUUAUAGCCUGCCUUCAAUUUUGAUCCUUUAUUCUUUCUGUCAGGUGCACAGGAUUACCUUUUUUAGCCUUCUGUCUUGUCACCAACCAUUCCUACUUGGUGGCCAUGUACUUGGAUAAAAGGCCGCAUGAUCUUUCUGGCUCCACUCAAUGUCUAAGGAUACCUUGCUUCCUUUGCUUGCAUCCCACAAACUAUUUCCCUCAUCCUAUUUACUGCAGCAAAUCUCUCCUUAGUUGAUGAGAUUGUGUUUAUCUCCUUGUAAGCCCUACCUAUCCUGAAUGGUCUGUCAUUGUCUGCCUUUAAAAUCCUUCCUCUUCCUCUCUUUAAAUAAUGAUGGGGCUAAGUUAUACCCAAAGCUCACCCUACAGACUAUUUCCUCAGUACCUUGCAGAAAACACCAAACAAAAAUACCAUUUUAAAAGAGGUGUAUUUUUUUUUUCUUUUAGAAUGUAAGCUCCACAAGAGCAGGGACAAUGUUUUCUGUAUGUUCUAUUGUGCCUAGUACACUGUAAAUGCUCAAUAAAUAUUGAUGAUGGGAGGCAGUGAGUCUUGAUGAUAAGGUUGAGAAACUGAAAUCCCAAACACUGUU